AACCGCUGCCACCGCUACGGCGAGGAUGAAGCUUGGAGGGCAGUGAUGACAUUUGUACCGCAACUAUAGUAUGGUGGAUACCCCGCUCACCGUGCCGCCGAGGAGACACUGAAACUUCGCAUGGCGAGUCAACCCGGUUCGGAGCGACGUGCGUUCGCUCUGAAAAUCAACAGGCACUCCUCGGCCGAGAUCCGGCGCCACUUCAGCCAUGGCUCUCCACACAACACCCUGCAGCCCCCGCACCACUACCACCCGCCCCCGCACCACAGACACAGCUCCAGCACCGGGGGAUCAUUCUGCUUCAGCGUGCCUGCGUCGUAUGAUGCGGUGGAGCCGGUGGACCUAGAGGAGUUCCUGUGUAGCCAGCUGCGGGGGGGAGACAUGGAGCUGAUGCAGGAGCUGGGGGAGUUCCCUGACGACGACCUGGAGGUGGAGCUAGUGGAGCGAGAGUGCCGCACCGUGCAGCACUCCGUACCUGACGACGGGGCAGAGCUUGACCCACAUGUGAGGGACUGUGUCCAGAGCUACACACAGCCUUGGCUAAUCGUCAGCAGGAGAUGUCAAGGCGAUGGGUGGACGGCCUAUUCGGAACGGGCAGGCCUUCAUAAGCAGUUACAGAGGCAAGUCUUCGAGUCAGACCUGCAGCCUGGGAAGCAGGAGCCAGCGGUGAGGUCACCGUCUCUAGCAGCGUUGUGCGACGAGUCUAGCCGCACCACGCUCACCUCGGCAGACUUCAACCUGCGCGCUCUGCAGCCUGACGCGCGCGUGGACAGCCUGCUGCGCUUCAGCAACCCAGAAGACCUGGACCGCUUCAACCAGGAGGCGCGAAACAGCCAGAGACACCCGGAGCUCUUCGCCCUCUACCCACCCGCAGACGAGGAUGAUGCAGUGGAGAUUCGUCCCAAGCCGGAGUGUCCCAGGGAGCACAUCGGUCACCGCAUCUAUGUCCGCUGCCAGGCCAUCAAAUUCGAGAUAGAAAUUGAGCCCAUAUUUGCGACCAUGGCCCUAUAUGACCUCAAGGAAAAGAAGAAGAUCUCGGAGGACUUCCACUGUGACCUGAACUCUGACUCAAUGAGGGGUUUCCUGCGCGGCCACACGCCCCGCAUCGACCCUGCCAGCCAGGCCAAGGCCGCCAUCUUCUCCAUCACGCAGCCAUCCCCGGACAUCUACCUGGUCGUCAAGAUUGAGAAGGUGCUUCAGCAGGGGGAGAUUGGCGAGUGUGCAGAGCCCUACAUGAACAUCAGAGAGAGUGAUGGGGCCAAGAGUAAGGAGAAGGUUGAGAAGCUGCGAGGCCAGGCGGAGCAGUUCUGCCAGAGGCUGGGUCGUUACCGGAUGCCCUUCGCCUGGGGGGUGGUCAACAUCACCAGCGUCUUCAGCGCCACGCUGGAGAGGGACGCAGACACAGACAGCCUCAACGGCAAAGGCAGUUUAGAAAGGAGGGCGUAUCUGCCGAGACGGAAUUCGGACCGCUUCUCCUUCAUGGAGGAGCAGUUCAACCUGUCGUCAUUCAAACCUGCCAACAUCACCAUCAACACACUCUUCAAACAGGAAGGAGACCGUCUUAGCGAUGAGGAUUUGUUCAAGGUUCUGGCUGACAUCAAGAGAGCGUCUGUACAGCGGCGGACAAAGACGAUACCAGGUAUAAUCAAGCUGGAGGUUCUCCCUGCUCCAGAGAACAUGCCGGGUUGCCUCUCUCCUGAGCUCAUCCCAGUGCGGCCCGUACCGGAGAAGAACCCGCGGCUCAUCAAAGAGGUUCUGGAGUUCCCCUCCAGCGAUGUCUAUGUCCCGCACUGUAUUUACAGAAACCUCCUAUUUGUCUACCCUCAGCGUUUGAACGUGGCUAAUCGCCUGACCUCGGCCAGGAACAUUACCGUAAAAAUCCAGUUCAUGAGCGGAGAGGAGCCUAGCUGUAUUCUGCCCGUUAUAUUUGGAAAAUCCAGUGGACCCGAGUUUGUUUCAGAGGCCUACUCAGCAGUGACCUACCACAACAAGUCUCCAGACUUCUACGAGGAGGUGAAGAUCAGGCUGCCGGCUAAACUGACGGAGCGCCACCACCUGCUCUUCACCUUCUACCACAUCAGCUGCCAGCAGAAGCAGAGCCAGGCCGGAGCCGUCGAGACUCUCGUCGGAUACUCAUGGUUGCCCAUAGUCCACAAUGACCGUCUGCAGACGGGACAGUACUGCCUGCCCAUCGCCCAGGAGAAACUACCCGUCAACUACUCCCUGCACUCCCCAGAGAGGAUCCCAGCUCAGGUGCCUCCAGUGAAGUGGAUGGACAGCCACAAGGGGGUCUUUAACCUGGAGCUGCAGGCUGUCUCAUCCGUCCACACCCAGGAUAACCAUCUGGAGCGCUUCUUUACGUUGUGCCAUGGGCUGGAGGGCAAGGUCACCUUCCCCAUCCGCCUGGGCGAGGAAAAGAUCCCAGAGAACAAGGUGGAGAAUGAGCUGAAGCUGAGCAUCGUGUCCCUCUCCUCCUCUCGCCUGGAGCCGCUGGUCCUCUUCCUCCACCAGGUCCUGGACAAGCUCUUCAGACUCAUCAUGCAGCCCAUGGUCAUCGCAGGGCAGACUGCCAACUUGGGCCAGAUAGCCUUUGAGUCAGUGGUGUCCAUCGUCAACAGCCUCCACAACAGCCAGGAGCUGGAGAGGGACCAGCAGGGCAGGAACUGUCUGCUGGCCAGAUACCUCUACUACGCCUUCAGGCUUCCCGACACACAGGGGGACAUCAUCACCACAGGUGGCCACCAGCUGCAUGGUGAGGGUGGUCGCUAUAGCACGUUGGGCAGGGCCACUGCCAACACGGUGGGCAGCCUGCUGCUCCAGUCCAGGGUGCGCAGCAGCAGCAACCCUGACAUCCCCGUGCCUCAGUCCCCAGAGGACGCAGAGGUCAAGGACAUCCUGGCCAACAAGGGAAUUAAUCACCCCAGUUUCCGCAUGUCAACAUAUGAUGCCAGCACUCACCAGCAGGGGCCGACAAAAGGCUCCAAUAAAAAGCAAUUCCACGAGGAGCUUGCCCUGCAGAUGGUGGUCAGCACAGGAGUAUGCCGGGAGAAUGCCUACAAAUAUGCCUGGUUCUUCUUUGAACUCCUGGUGAAGAGCAUGGCGCAGCACAUCUCCCAGAUGGACAGGAAGGCAGUGGCCCGCCGGAGCCGCUUCUCCGACCGCUUCAAGGAUGACAUCACCACCAUCGUCAACGUGGUGACUGCCGAGAUCAGCAACAGCCUCUUCAAACAGAAGGAGACGGAGCAGGCGGAGAAGAUGAACAUCAGCCUGGCCUUCUUCCUGUACGACCUGAUGUCCCUCAUGGACAGGGGCUUCGUCUUCCAGCUCGUCAAGUCCUACUGCAACCAGUUAAGUGCCAAGGCGGUUUCCAUGUCGACGGUGAUCAGCGUGCGGUUGGAGUUCCUGCGGAUCCUCUGCAGCCACGAGCACUACCUCAACCUCAGCCUCUACUUCAGCAGCCCUGCCUCAGCACCCGCCUCCCCCUGCCCCUCCAUAUCCUCACAGACAUCGAGUUCCUGUAGUUUCCAGGACCAGAGGAUCUUGUCCAUGUUCGACCUGUCGGCCGAGUUCAAACAGCAGCACUUCCUGACGGGCCUCCUGCUGACGGAGCUGGACGCAGCCCUGGAGAUGGAGCACGAGGGCGGUAAGGUGCAGCGUAAGGCCAUCAAUGCCACCUACAGCCUGCUGUGUGCCCAUGACCUGGAUCAGCGGUGUGCCAGGCCUGAGGUGCGUGCCAAGAUCGCAGCCCUCUACCUCCCCCUGGUGGCCAUCAUCAUCGACUCCAUCAACUCACUCGACUUCACAGUGUCAGACCCGCGCGGUGGCAAAGGCAAGGGCGGCGGGCCGGACGAAGACCCAGACAACGUCAACCCCAUCAACCAGACCAUCGCCAUGGCAAUCGCUGGCAACCCCUUCAACACCUUGGCACGCAACGCUCUGGCCUCCAUGGCAUCUAUGUCUCAGAAGGCCCCCAGCACCUUGACGGCGGAGACCAGUCGUAACCUGCUGGUGUGCUUCCUGUGGAUCAUGAAGAACUCGGAGCAGAGCCUGGUGCAGCGCUGGACGGCCGACAUGCCCUUCGCCCAGCUCAACCGCCUGCUGGAGCUGCUGGCCAUCUGCGUCUCCUGCUUCGAGUACCGAGGCAAGCCGAGUUCGGACAAGGUGAGCACCCAGGCUCUCCAGAAGUCGCAGCAGGCCAAGGCCCGUCUGGAGGAGGCCCUGCUGGGGGGGCAGGGGGCACGCGGAGAGAUGAUGAGGAGAGCAGGGGGUAAUGACCGCACGCUGGGCUACAAAGAGAACCUGCGCUGGAGGAAGGACCUCACACAGUGGCGGCAGACAAACGACAGGCAUGACAAGUCCAAAACCGAGCUGGAGCAGGAGGCCAUCAUUAGUGGUAACCUGGCCACGGAGGCCAACCUCAUAGUGCUGGACCUGCUGGAGAUCAUUGUUCAGGCGACGCCAUUGGCUGAGUGUAAGGACAGUGUGGUGGGCGGGGUUCUGAGGGUGCUGCUCCACAGCCUCACCUGCAACCAGAGCACCAGCUUCCUGUCCCACUGCUUCAGCACGCUCAGGGCCCUCAUCAUGAAGUUUGGUGAGCUGCUGUUUGAAGAGGAGGCGGAGCAGUGUGCCGACCUGUGCCAGAAGGUCCUGCAGCACUGCAGCAGCAGAGUGGACGGCAACCGCAGCCAGGCCUGCGCAACACUCUACCUUAUCAUGAGAUACUCCUACAGCUCCGCUAGUAACUUCUCUCGGGUGAAGAUGCAGGUGACCAUGUCGUUGGCAUCGCUGGUGGGGAAGUCUUCUGACGUGCAGGAGGAGUUCCUGAGGCGCUCCUUCCGCACCAUCCUGGCCUACGCCGAGGAGGACGCCGAGAUGCAGAGCACUCAGCUGCCAUCACAGGUGGAUGAGCUGCUGGGUAAUCUGAAUCGCAUCCUGUCAGACACUGUGAAGAUGAAAGAGUUCCAGGAGGACCCAGAGAUGCUGAUGGACCUCAUGUACAGAAUCGCCAAGGGCUACCAGACGUCGCCUGACCUGCGUCUGACCUGGCUGCAGAACAUGGCGGAGAAGCACGGCGGCAGGAAGUGCCACACGGAGUCGGCCAUGUGCCUGGUGCACGCCGCCGCCCUGGUGGCCGAAUACCUCAGCAUGCUGGAGGACCACAAGUACCUCCCUGUAGGCAGCGUCACCUUCCAGAACCUGUCUCCUAACGUGCUGGAGGAGUCUGCGGUGUCUGAUGACGUGCUGUCCCCAGACGAGGACGGAGUGUGCUCAGGUCGCUACUUCACAGAGAACGGCCUGGUGGACCUACUGGAGCAGGCUGCCGAGCUCUUCAGCCAGGGUGGUCUGUUUGAGGCGGUGAACGAGGUUUACAAGAUCAUGAUCCCCAUCCUGGAGGCCCAUCGAGACUUCCGCAGGCUGGCCUCCACACACGAGAAGCUCCAGAGAGCCUUCGAGAACAUUAUACAAAAGGGACACAAGAGGAUGUUUGGGACUUACUUCAGGGUUGGCUUUUACGGUAGCAAGUUUGGAGAUCUGGAUGAGCGGGAGUUUAUCUACAAAGAGCCGGGCAUCACGCAUCUCCCGGAGAUCUCACACAGGCUGGAGAACUUCUACAGCCAGUGUUUUGGAGAUGGCGUUUUAGAGAUGAUUAAAGACUCUACACCUGUGGACAGGAGCAAACUGGACACAAGCAAGGCCUACAUCCAGAUCACCUAUGUGGAGCCGUACUUCGACGACUACGAGAUGAAGGACCGGCUGACCAACUUCGAGAAGAACUUCAACCUGCGGCGCUUCAUGUACACUACGCCCUUCACCAAGAGCGGCCGGCCGCGCGGCGAGCUCAACGAACAGUACAAGCGCAAGACCAUCCUCACCACAGCGCACUCCUUCCCCUACGUCAAGACGCGCAUCCACGUCAUCCAGAAAGACGAGUUUGACCUGACGCCCAUCGAGGUGGCGAUUGAGGACAUGCAGAAGAAGACGAGGGAGCUGGCCGUGGCCACACACAGGGAGCAGCCAGACGCCAAGAUGCUGCAGAUGGUACUGCAGGGCUCUGUAGGGGCCACCGUCAACCAGGGUCCACUGGAGGUGGCUUCUGUGUUCCUGAAUGAGAUCCCGGCGGACCCCAAGCUCUUCCGUCACCACAACAAGCUGCGCCUGUGCUUCAAGGAGUUCAUCAUGCGCUGCGGGGAGGCCGUGGAGAAGAAUAAGCACCUCAUCACUCCGGACCAGAAGGAGUACCAGAUGGAGCUGAAGAAGAACUACAACCGGCUGCGGGAGAACCUGCGGCCCAUGCUGGAGCGCAAGAUCCCCGAGCUCUACAAGCCCAUCCACACGCCCAAGCCACGACUCGAGAGGGAUGCCAGCAAGCGGCACAGUUUCCGGCGAGGCCAAGAGGAGAAUUCCUGAGUGUGUGCGGCUGAUGUGAGGGGACUGCCAAGAAACUGCUCCUCUCCUCUCCUCUCCUCUCCCCUUCUCAGGCAGAAGCUACUGUACUACUGCUGCUAAAUCCCGAUGCAACAGCAUGCAAUGCGGCCCCGUUGGGACUACAGAGACAGCCAGUGUGUCCACACACACACACACACACACACACACACACACACACACACACACACACACACACACACACACACACACACACACACACACACACACACACACACGCACAAUGCCUCUGUGCACAUGCCACACACACACUCAAGUAUGCAUACUAAACUGUUGCUGUGCAAGACAAAUGUGCAAGUGCUCUGGCAAUGGCAGUGUUGCACACUUGCAUGAGACUUUCACCCCUUUGCCCUUUUGUCCCAUUGCUACCACUUCCAAUCGUUUUCCCCCCCGACCUCGAAGAAGAGUGGAAGAUGAAACGAAACGAAGUGAAGUGUGAGUGAAGUGCGAGUGGGGAGAAAUGGGACGCAGCCUUAGACUCGCUUGGGUACUCACUCACAGGAGUGUAUACUUCAUCAGUGUUUUGUCUGCCAGGGAAUUUGCCCCCCUGAGUGAAUAAUGCCAUUUACUUUGUGUAGGCUUUUUUGGAAACACUUUAUAACAGCGGUACAUGUAAACCUUCAUGAACACUUAGUAAAUAACUUGUUUGUUCAUUAUUUACUACAUGUUAAUACAUGAUUUACUAAGUGUUAAUUAAGGUUUAAAACAUCCAUUAUUAUAAAGUGUUACUUUUUUUACAUGCCUGAACAGAAUUUAUGAAUGGCGUGUCCUUGUGUUGUGUAACUGGAGCGGGAUUAUUGGACGCCUGAUGUCUUAAACCAUAGAAUGCCUUUAGAAUAGUUUUUUUUUAAAGGCCCAGGUACUGGAAAAGUUGCUGUAAACAGAAACAAAAGUGAUGAUGUUGAUAAAAACUUGGGCAUUUGCAUUUACAUUGCCAUUUUGUUUGUGUAUGUAUUUUUUUUAUUAUUUGAAUGUUUAAAGUUUGAUUUGGCAGUUGAGCUGAUUUGCACAAUUUAACACUGGUCAUUUCUGCCAGUCAGGUCAUUUCACAAGAGUAAUUAUUCAUAAUUAUUCAUAAUAAUUUUCAGUUUCAUUAUAUUAUUAUUAUUAUUUUUACCACAGAUUAUGAAAUAAAUAGCGCAAAAUCAUUUAACACAGGGAAAAAAUGCUACCUGUUGCAGGAUCUGUAUAAAACGAGUGAGAGAGUAAGUGUAAGUGAAUGAGAAAACGUCAAUCAUGCAAUCAACAUACACCCCUAACUUUUGUAACUUUUGUCUGUAGCCUACUGUAGAUGUUGUAUCUGGAUAAAAAUAUAUUUUCCCCUAUUUUUCUGUGAAAAUAAAUAACAAAAGGAAAAUAAGCACAGUGUACUUAGAUGUAAGAGAGUGACAAUUUUAUUCUUUUGUCUUUUACAGAUUUAUUUUUGUGUUUGUGUCUGCCUAAGGCUUCGGACUAUCUGACUUCCUCAUUCCAAAACAGCAGAUGAAAUAACAUGUGCCUGAUUGUGUCAACAGUAAAUGGUGUGAUCUGUGAAGUAAAGGUACCAACCCCACAUAACAACCUGUUACAUGUCAGUCAGUAGCUGUACUUUUCCAUUGCCUCCGCUGUUUUUCUGUUUUGUUAUUUUACAGCAAUUCAAUGCACUUCUUAUUAAUAAAUACUGAG